AUGCCCAAAACCAAGAAAAGAAAGUCAAAGGCAACCCCAACCCCUCAUCAAGCAGAGGAAGUACCAUCCACUUCUGUUCCAGUUCCUGAACCAGUGGCCCCGCCCACCUCCCUCACUCCUGAUGAUAUGGCCAGGGGACGUCAGUUGGUGAAGGAAUUCUCUUUAAUGUUAGAGGGGGAGGUUUCAAAGGAUAAAAAGAAAUAUUCAGCAUAUGCGCUUCAAAUGGAGAAGUACUUUCGUUUCAAGUUUAAGUUUUACGGUUUCAAUGCUUCGGAGAGACGAAGGAUCCAGAAACAGUGGAACGGGAGGUAUAAGAACGAACUGAAGAACAGAAAAACACUACUGAGCACAUUGUAUGCACUCUGGGACGAAGAUGUGAGAGAUUUUCAAUCGUUUGGCUGUGACCUUGCAUCGGAGAACAAAGCCAUUUUAAAAGGAGAAAGAGAUGAAGAUGUCCGUGAAUCCAUGAUGUGUCUCAAACACCUCCUCUCUACUAAAGGCUGGUGGGACACUGUGGAUUUAUUGUCAAGUAAUGGUAAGACCCCAACAGGUUGUUAUCAGUCUGAAAUGACAUUCACAAUAUCCCCAGCUUUAGGUCACUUGGUUAAGACAUCGCCACGCAUAACACUACCAAUAGUAGACGAAUGGAUUGAAGAUGAUAAUAUGUGGCUACGGAGGUCAGCCAUUUUACACCAACUCAAUUUCAAAGAGAAGACAGACGAAGAGAGACUCUUUAGAUAUUGUCUGAGUAGAGGACACGAGGAAGAGUUCUUCAUUCGAAAGGCGAUAGGUUGGAGUCUGAGACAGUAUGCUAGAUCCAGUCCCGAGGCAGUGAGGAAGUUUGUGAGAGAGAAUGAAGGAACACUCUCUGAACUAUCAGUGAAGGAAGCUAUGAAACACAUACAGAAAUGA